UAAAUAAAUAAAUUUAACGAAUCAUAGUGUAUAGUACAAGUAUCGAAGGAACAAGUUCCGCCGUUAAAUUAAAAUCAAAAUAAUUUCCGCCUUUGCUUCACGGCCAUUGCCUCUGCUCUGCUCUGCCUCAUGCUUCGCCUUCCUUCACCACGUUGAGGCUUUUUCCCUCCUUUGAAUUCUGCAGCUCUGAGUAAAGAUCAUCGGGCUGUAGAGAAUGGCAGAAACUAUGUCUAGCUUCUGGGGUCCAGUUACAUCCACCAAAGAGUGUUGUGAAGAAAAUUAUAUACAUUCGUCUUACAUUGCAGAACUUUAUAAUACAAUAUCCAAUAUUCCGACAAUUAUUUUGGCUCUGAUUGGUCUUAUAAAUGCUCUAAGACAGCGAUUUGAGAAAAGGUUCAGUAUCCUUCAUUUAUCAAACAUGACACUUGCCAUUGGGAGCAUGUUGUACCAUGCUACACUACAACGUGUGCAACAACAAGGGGAUGAAACUCCUAUGGUAUGGGAGGUGCUUCUGUACAUGUACAUCCUCUACUCUCCAGAUUGGCACUAUCGCAGUACAAUGCCCAUUUUCCUAUUUUUGUAUGGUGCUGGUUUUGCAAUUGCCCAUUCAGUGCUCCGUUUUGGCGUCGGCUUCAAAGUGCAUUAUAUAGUUCUAUGUCUGCUCUGUACUCCAAGAAUGUACAAGUAUUACAUUCACACUCAAGAUGUCUCAGCCAAGCGGCUAGCUAAGCUAUUUCUAGGCUCUCUUAUAUUAGGAAGUUUGUUUGGGUUUUGUGAUCGUGUUUUUUGCAACGAGAUAUUGGGCUGGCCUAUUAACCCUCAGGGUCAUGCUUUGUGGCAUCUCUUCAUGGGUUUCAAUUCCUACUUUGCAAACACAUUCUUGAUGUUUUGCCGUGCUCAACAGCGUGAGUGGUCUCCAAAAGUUGUUUAUUUAAUGGGUGUUUUACCUUAUGUGAAGAUUGAGAAACCAAAAAGCCAGUGACAGAUUUGGCAAAAGAAGGAAGCUUCUUUCUCAUAUGAUACAUUCUAGCUAUAGAUAAGUUGUUGAAAAAAUUAUUCAAUGGAUGUCUUUCUUUUCUUUA